UCCACAAGCUGCUGCCCCCACUCCCUCCCCAGAAUAUAUUAUUGUGAAUAUCGACAGCCUGCUGCAGCUGUUUCAGCGGUGUGAGCAGUGCAGGCGUGAGAGUGUGAUACAGACGCAGAGAGACAGGACAUGCCUCUCUGUGACCCAACACUAACAGAGCUGCAACCACCUCAGGACAUGGGCAAGCAACUUGUCUUCUGUCCAGACACACAGAGGAAAUGGGGAGGAGCCACAGAACACCCAGGUUGCGGAUGUGCAAGUGGCCCUUCCGUCUGAGGACACAUAUGAGGCCCUGGAGCUGACUGGCUCUCUGGAGAUGGAGGUGACUGUAGACCAGCCACCAAGACCAGGGGGAAGUGGUCCAUCAUUGGUGAGGUGGAAGUAGGAGGGGAACAAAGGAGCAGAGGAGAGCAAGAAAGUGACUGAGGUGGUGUUGGACAGUGAGACAGGCAGUGCACAAAGCCAGGAGGAGAAUGGCCUGUCCUCACAGGAGAAUGAGGGAGGAGAGGAGAGAAAGGGAAAGUCCCUAGGAGGUAAACAACAGGAGAAUGAUGCUGAGCAGCAGGCCUCUAUUGAGGUGACAAUAUACUCUAUGGAGCCUGAGGACUCUGAAAGCCAAACCUCUCAGAUAGACAGAGAAGGAGAGAAGAAGCAGGUGGCUGCAGAUGAGUGUGAGGGGGAGGGUGGUGAGUGUGAGAUGGAGGGUGAAGAGACAGAUGAGGAAGAUGGACAGAGAGAGAGUGACUCUGAAUUUGACCCAGAGGAGAAAGCAAAAGGGAGAGGUAGGAGGAGAGGGACGGGAGGAGGAAGGCAAUUGCAGCAGCCUACAGGAGAGAGUGGUUUGGACAAGUCUGCUGAAGACUCUGAUGGAUCAUCUUCAUCAUCACCCCAGAGAGACCAGCAGGAUCAGGAGUCGUUCAGCGGUGCCGCUGGAGAACUGGGCUCUGGUGACCUUGCCAGCAUCCAGCAAAAAUUCAAACACUCCAAACACCAUAUGGUCCUCUGUCCUGAAUGUGGCAUCCUGUACUCCACCAGACUGCAGCACCGUAAAUGUGAACACAAGUUCAUGGUCCGCUGUCCAGACUGUGGGAAGCGCUGUGUGAAUGAACUCGGCCUCAAGAGUCACCAGAGGCAACACCGUCAGGACCUUAAGUUUCCCUGUAAGUUCUGCCUCCAAUCCUUCAGGACGCGGCCGGACAAGCUGACCCAUGAGAAGCCCACAGAUUCAAAAUAUUUAAAAAUCACAGAUGCUACCGCUGCUCAGUGCUCACUGAGGUUUGACAACAUCCUCAUAUGGAAUCGCCAUCUCAGAGCGCAUGAGUCCAAGAAACACAUCUGUCAUACAUACAAGGAAUUCGACCAACGUCAAUCCCUGGAGAGGCAUGAGCGGAUCCACAGUGACGACAAGCCCUUCAAAUGUCACGUUUGCCAGCGUGCCUUUACCCAGCCAGCUGAAGUCCCACCUGCGUGUCCACACUGGGGAGAGGCCCUUCCAAUGCCAGCGCUGUGACAAGAGCUUCAACCACAACGUCAGCCUCAAGAACCACGUCACACGCUACCACAGCCCAGACUCAGGGCUGGACCCUGAUGAAGGACCAGGA